GUGGUCGUUUGUCUCUUUUCGAUUUCGUUUGUUUGCCUUGUAUUCCUGUAUUCCAUGCGGCACUGUGCACAUGUUAAUGUGAAACAGACAGACAUGCCUCCGUCUAUGCGGUCGUCUUCUUUCGUUUGACAGUUGCGAAACGCUGAAAACCACGUUCGUCUGCCAAAAUAACCGAAUGUUCCAUGCUCUCUCACACACGGUGUGUGUACAUAUAAGCGAACAUGAAGGCUAAAGAACAGCACGUGGAUGCUUUGAAACAAAGCACAAAAACGAAUAAAAAGUCAAUAAUUAAGAGUAAAAAGAUAUCGCAAUCGUUUAAAAAAUUAACCAACAAUGAGAAAUUGGACCGGAUCAAUGGUGCAGUGAGUUUGUUGCAGCAAUUGAAAGAGAUAAAAAACGAUGAAAAUCAGGUGAAAAGAGUGCGAAAUGUCCGUCGAUUGGUGCGUGGAUUGGGAGCAUCAACAUCUGACUCGAGAAGCGGUUUCUUUGCGGCAUUAGUUGCACUUCUUCAAACAGUACACGAUGAUUAUCCGACGAUUACAAAUCUGUUUGAGUUGAUGGAUGCAUCAUUGAGUGUUGGUGCCGAAAGUACCAGCCUCGAUAAAGAAGAUACGGAUGCAUUGAUCGGCCAAAUCUUGGUGUGUGGAUCGAUUUUGCAUGCAAACAAAUUGCAAUCAGCUAGCGACAGUGAGAUUAAAAGGUGCAUCGUGACAUUGAUAAAUGCAUCGCACCACAAAUUGUAUCACUCAUCGUUGGCGUACACAUUUCUAUUGGAGCUUCUGGAGAAGCUUAGUGAGUCACAGUUCGAACGUUUAAUGUGGCCAUUGAUGCAAAAAGAAAUGAAACGACCAUGGGAAAAACAGAAUAUCAACACGGUUCAUUUUCUCAUCAAAUGCCAGUCAAAGUAUCCAGCGUCAGUUGACGAAGAGUUUCUAUCGUCUUCACUGCAAACCAAUCAGAUUCUCACACCAUUGGCUUACAAGCAUUUGGCCCGAUUGUUUUGGACACCCGCUACGGUUAAAAUUGCCGUUACCCACCCAUCCUUCGAAGCAUUCGGUCACUUUUUGACAUCCGCUGUGCCGGAGAAGAAGCUGCUUGACUUUUGGCAGAAGGAAAUCAAUGAAAUUCUUCUUGCACCGUCUAAAUUCAAAGAAAUUGUCACACUUCGUCUACUCACCAUCAUUUUUGACGAUGGAAAAAUCAAGGCGAAAACAGCAUUGGCACUGCUGUCAAAUCCAUUCAUCGCAUUGAUCACAAAAGCACUUCGCAGUGGAAAGCAGCAGAAAAACAAUGAUUCCACGCCGAAUUUGUACAAUGAAUUCUUCGAUGCCGUCGAAAAGUACAUAAAGCUUGUAUCGAAUGGCGAAAGUGACAAAGUGGCAAUUAUUCAGAAAUUCAUCGAUUUCCCGGGAAUGUUAGUAAUUGAAAAAUACACACCCAGCCGUGUCAUCCACAAAUUUAUCGUACAAUUGAAAUCAGAAGGUAUCAAAGAAUUAUUUGAAUUCUAUAAAAAUAUUUUGCUCGAACGAAAGACCAAGAAUCCAACAUCAAAAGAAGGAUGGUUACACAUGGAAAGAGAACACUGCGUUCAGAUGCUACAAACACUUUUGGUCCAGAAAUCUAUUCACAGCGAAAAUGAAUGGCGUGCCGAACAGCUAAAAUUUCUCUUGAAAUACGGUUUAUUUUAUGUCAAUAGACAAACCGAUGCCAUUGUAAAAGACCGUGACUCCGAUGUGCUUCCAAAUGACUUGGCCCAUAAAUUGAAGCAGGCAUUCUUUUCGAGUUUGCAAGCAAAAUCACAAAAUAUCGAAGCUGAAAAAGCCACUUUGCUUGCGAUCAUCGAAUUUUGCAACAAACAAAUAACCGGAAAGUCAAGCAACAAAACACUUCGUCACCCACUGUCCGAUGAGGCGCUUCAAGCGUGGAACAAAAUGUACACGAAUGUCACGGCCAAGAAGAAGACAAAGAAAAUUCUGUAUAACGUUUUCGAUAUUUUGUUGAUGCACAUGGGAUUGCAAUUGUUUGUGGAUGCUCAGAUGGCCAUUUUCUCCAUUGACGAUUUGGAAAAGUGUUUGGAACGAUCACAGAGCAAACUGAAGGCAAAAUCCAAAUCGAAUGAGACCAACGAAGCCGAAUGGAUUGAGGUUGUAGUCGAUUUGUUCCUGCAAUUGCUGUCACAAAGCAAGAGUUUCAUGCGAACGGUUGUUGACAAUGUGUUCCCAGAACUUUGCCCAGCUUUGACACCGGCAGCCGUUGAUCAGAUUUUAUUGAUGUUGGAUAUGAGCGAGAAAAACCCGUUGACACCGAAUAACGCAGCCGAAGAGAGUGAUGACGAUGAAAAUGAGUCGGACGAAGAGAAUGAGUCGGAUGAAGAGAAUAGCGGCGAAAGUGAGGGUGAGGAUGGAGAUGAGAGUAGCGACAAUGAAGAGUUGACCGACGCAGAUGAAGAGGGUACAGCGACGGACCAAUUGCGAUCGGCCGUUACACAAGCACUUGGUAAAGCAAUUCCGGAAACUGAUACCGAGUCCGUUGAUUUAAAUGACAUGGAUGACGAAGAAGCUGAACGUUUGGAUGCUGCUUUAUCCGAUGCCUUCAGAGCAAUUCGUAAGAAAACUGGCGAAAGUAAGAAGAAAACCAAGCUUGAACGAACAACCAACACAACUGUCAUGCAUUUUCGAAUUCGUGUGCUGGACUUGAUUGAAAUCUACUUGAAAACCAGCCCAUCGCUAGCAAUCACCCUGAAUAUUUUGGCCGAUUUAAUUCCAAUGUAUGAGCAGUGCGUUGGAAACAAAGACCAUCAACCGUUGGUCAAUCGUUUGCAACGUGUUUUGCGAAUGUUGCUGAAUCUUCGUGAAUUUUCCAGCAUUGAUGAUGUCACCGAGAUCAAACUGUACGAAUUAUUCCAAAGUAUUAUCAAUGUCAAAGCAAAUCCAGCCGCUAUCAAUGAACAAAAUAAACUUCGUUCGAAUUUGUGUGCCUUUUUGAUUGCCGUCAGUCAAUUGUUGAAGUCCCCUGAUCCCAUUUUGUUGGAGGCCAUUGCCGGAUGCUUAGAAAAUUUCUUGAAAUCGAGAAAUCCAAAAGUUCAAUACACAGUGUUUGGCGAUAUCUUGAAAACGCGUUGGGUUGGCGUAUGGCGCUUGGCACAAAUUAUUGCCCGAACAAGUUUGUUGCGAGCAGAUAAACGUCGACCAUUCCGACGAUCACAAGGCAUCGAUUUGCUUAGCAUCAUGUACAAAAAUCAUGGUUUCAUCGCACACGACACACAGGAGUUUAAUGAAUACAAUCCCAAAAUUGAGGCCGCCAUCCAGGAGUAUGUUCAAUGGGCCGUUUCACACAAUCAAGUUUCGUCGAAAGAAUUCUCCUCACUGUUGCUAUUACUUCAAGAGGUGCACAAAUGCUCACAAACAAUAGCCAAAUACAAAUGCGCCCUCAAAUGGACGAAAGUUUGCGACAACGUACAGUCGAUUCGCCAGAAAGUCGAAUUGGAAUCAUAUCAAGUUUAUUUUGCAUUCUGUAAACGGAUGGACAUAAAGGAUAUCAAAAACAGUGAAGUUGAUUCAUCGAAAUUGAAAAAUGGCCAAUCGAAAUCAGUGAAUGGCAAACAGGAGAGUGAAAAUGGGGAGGAUAGCGACGACGACGAAGAAGAAGAGGAGGAGGAGGAGAAGGAGAAGGAGGAGGAGGAGGACGAGGAGGAUGAAAGUGAAACAAAACCAGUAAAAACAAAUGGAGUAGCAAAGAAACGAAAGGCCGAAGGUGACUCAAACGGGUUGAGCAAGAAACGAAAAGCCAAACUUGAGAAGAAACUUCGAAAGCAGAACCGACUCAAAAUAUCAUCGGCUGGUUUAGAUAGUGUUUCAUUUUCAUUUACACCAACCAAAAAUAAUCAAGAUAAUGGUAAUGAUAUGGAUUCCGAUUAGCAAUUUUUUUCAACUUUUCAAGCAUAAAGUCAAAUAUGAGCGUUGUUUUGAAGUAAAUUCAAAUAUUCAAUAAAACUUUAUUUUAUUAAAGAAACAAA